GUCGGAGAGUGUGCUUAUCACGGUGCUUUUCCUCUUCUUGGCCGUUUCGAAUGCGGCCUUUGGUCAUCAUGCUUGCAUUCACAUGGACCAGCCAUUCGACCGGAAUUUCAGGAACAUCAGACAAGCGUCCCCUUAUUGCGCCAAAUGCCAAGAGCGAGCAUUAAUGUCUUCGUGGUUCGGUCCAGCUAGUCACGAUGAGUCCCAGGCGAGCAGAUUGUACCACGAGUUGGAAUCAGCAAGUGCAUCACAAUGGUCACCUUCAAGUUUCUCCCCGAAAGCUGCGAGACACCUCGCAGACUACUUGACCUCCUACGGAUCAAGUCAAUCUCCAUAUUCAAAUUAUGGCAGGAUUUCGAGAAGUCAAGACUCUUCGGGUUACUCUUCGGCGUCUUCCUCGUCUCGCCAAGGGCCUUCUUCGGCAUCCACAGACCCUGAGGAGGUCCUAGAACACGGAUCUCCUUAUGGUGACCGAAACCAGCGAAACUCUGAAAACUACUCACAAAGCUCUCCCUCUUCGUCAUGUUCAUCCCCCUCUUCCACGGCGAGCGCAGCAGCCCUGGCAGAAGUGGAGUCUUACCAACCGACCCAAUUUCAAGGCAACAGGAGAUACAGUACCAGGUCCUUGCCGUAUGGAGAAAACCUGUACAACGCGGUAAACAGUCAAUCGGAAAAGUACUCCGAAAAUUACAAGCCUGGCUCCUUCCAGCCUAAGAGCUCCUUCGAGUUCGUCGAUCCUGAAGGCAAAGCCAAGGCCAGCGAGGACUCGCCCUACCGAUACCAGGAGAAUCCUUUCAGCGCUUUAAAUUUCUACAAGAGUAACUUUGAAGUUCCGCGAUACCAGGAUAGAAGUCUUUAUCAGGAGAGGAACCCCUACGAGGAUAGGAGUUCCUACCAGGACCAAAGUGCUUACCAAGAUAGGAAUUUCUACCAGGAACAGAAUCCUUACCACGAGGCGACAGAACCGCAAAGGCUCUUCGUGGUCUACAGAGCCGAUGCAGGUCCUUUGAGCGACCCUGAAGACGCCCUUCCUUAUUCGGUCUCCACCUUCCCCAUGCCCACAGGACCCCAGUUCCCCACCAGGUUCGAAGAUCCUUUGUCCGAUGGAGAACUGGAGCAGCUGGUGAAGAAGGCCAUUGCCGAGGCUACUCUUCGACAGCAGUAUGAGAAUGCUCUUCAACGUGCCAGGUAUUAUGGGGCUGUUGAUGGGACUUAUGGCUCCAGGGACGCCUCUUCAGGGUCGGAAAACAGGAACUCCAGGUUGGCGCAGAUCGGUCCGCAGAAAGGCCAGCAAAGAAAUGCGGAGAAGACGGCCAAGGAACCUGUUCCUGAAGCGGAGGUCCAGAAGGUGAAACCUGAAGAAAUGAAGAUCGUUCAGGGGUCGCAGAAGAUCAGGAGUAGCCAUAAGGUACCCAAGGACUUGCAGGGCCCUGAGACUAUUUUGGAGGAAAAGGUCCCUACCCAGACCAGGGUUCGAAUCCAGGGAAAGAGGUCAGACUCGGAACCCAUCGAGGUUCUUGAAGAGGCUGUUAAAACCGUUGCCGAAGACGUUGCUGAUCAGAGGAAAACUGUUGAGAGGGUCCCUAAAGCUGCCGAUACGAAACUGGAGAUGAUCGAUGAUAUCGAAAAUCUGCCGACUGUCACCGAAUCGAUUGCUCGCCAGGUCGAGACGUCGACUGUGAAAAAAUAAAUUUGAUGGCUGUCAUAUUUCUGUUUGUACCAUUUUUCACUGUAUUUUCACUGUAAAUGUAUUGUCAAAGAAAAGGUUGAUAUUUGUUGACGUCAUGUGCUAGGAAAAUAAAUGGACGGUCUGAGAGAUUAAGUUUUUCCCCUUUACUUAUUUCUUAUCAUGUUUUCCAUUCCUUUUAUUUUUGCAUCGUAUUCCUGGCGCUUUAAUUAGAAACAAAACUAUUAAAUAUGCAAUAUUGAUUGAAUUAAGUACACAAGGUAUUUAUGCUUAUGAUAAAGUAAUCAAUGUCA